UGCUGAGCUUCCACACAUUCAACUGUCGCCACGUUAUAUAUAAAUCCCGCCGAGUUUGUUUCUCAUGCACAUCACUUCAACAAUAAAAUCUGUCAACGGAGAGAGAGAGAAGUAGCCAUGGCGCCUACAACACUUGCAGCUCUGGCUGAAGAGGAGACGCUACAGGAAAAGUUCGUGAGGGACGAAGAUGAGCGCCCAAAGGUGGCGUACAAUGUGUUCAGCGACGAAGUUCCGGUGAUAUCUCUGGCCGGAAUUGAUGGGAGUGAUGACCGGCGAUCAGAGAUAUGCCGGAAGAUAGUUGACGCGUGUGAAGAUUGGGGGAUAUUUCAAGUGAUCGAUCAUGGCGUGGAUGGAAAUCUCAUCUCUGGUAUGACUCGUCUCGCUCGUGAGUUCUUUGCAUUGCCUGCUGAAGAGAAGCUUCGCUUUGAUAUGACUGGUGGCAAGAAGGGUGGCUUCAUCGUCUCCAGUCAUCUCCAGGGUGAAGCAGUGCAAGACUGGCGUGAGAUAGUCACCUACUUCUCAUAUCCAAUUCGGGCCCGGGAUUACUCAAGGUGGCCCGACAAGCCCGAGAGUUGGAGGGCAGUGACGGAGGCCUACAGUGAGAAGUUGAUGGGCCUGGCUUGUAAGUUGUUAGAAGUGUUGUCAGAGGCCAUGGGGCUUGAGAAGGAGGCUCUUACAAAUGCUUGUGUUGAUAUGGACCAGAAGGUGGUGGUUAAUUUCUACCCGAAAUGUCCACAACCCGACCUCACUCUCGGACUCAAGCGUCACACGGAUCCGGGUACCAUCACCCUGCUGCUCCAGGAUCAAGUUGGUGGGUUACAGGCCACUAGAGAUGGUGGCAAGACCUGGAUCACUGUUCAGCCUGUGGAGGGUGCCUUUGUUGUCAAUUUGGGUGACCAUGGCCAUUAUCUAAGCAAUGGGAGGUUCAAAAAUGCCGAUCACCAAGCAGUGGUAAACUCCAAUUGCAGCCGAUUGUCGAUUGCCACUUUCCAGAACCCGGCCCCGGACGCAAUCGUUUACCCACUCAAGAUCAGGGAGGGGGAGAAGCCGGUGCUGGAGGAGCCCAUCACGUUUGCUGAAAUGUACAAGAGGAAGAUGAGCAAGGAUCUUGAGAUUGCCAGAAUGAAGAAAUUGGCCAAAGAGAAGCAGCAAGAGGUGGACAAAGCCAAGGUGGAGAUCAAUCCCAAAGGUCUAGAAGAGAUUCUUGCUUGAGUGUUCACCUCCUUUGUGUGCUUUGUUUGCCUUAUCAUAUGGAAUGUUUACAGUAUUUUUGGCAAUAAACGAUUCCUUUGGUGCCACUUUGAUCAAAAGUCUUUGGUGGACCGUCUUAGUUGGUAUCUAAAUCCUUUUGCCUUGAGCUAUAAAAAUAUAUAUGUCUAGUUUGUGAACGGGUGAUUUCCUCGAUGGUUCGAGAUGACAAUUUCAAGGAUGAGUUCGAUGAUCGAUCCUGAAACAAGGAACAACAUCAAAAAAAGUGCUAAAGGUACACCUGACUUAUCCCUUUUGAUAUCAGUCGCUGCUUAAGAAUGAGAGAGUUUAUAGUGCAGAAUUAUUCUUUCUUGCAUAGCUUCAUUAUAUUUCCAUGGGAUAUUUAUACAUUUGAUUGCAAUAAGGGGACACCCAUUCAAACUCCAAUCCUAGGCUUAAUAGCUUGUGGAUAUCCUCUAUCGAGAGUAAUAAGUGU